AUGUCAGGUACUGGAAAAGAAAAGGACAGUGCCAAACCUAAGGCAUUCACCAUCAAAUAUAAAAGACCCAGAGGUUCUCGAGCUUGUGUGGUUUGUAGAUCGAGGAAAGUUAGAUGUGAUGCCGAAAUUCAUAUUCCUUGUACCAACUGUAUAACCUUUGGAUGUGAUUGUGUUUUACCAGCAGCUAAAAAAAGAGGUAAUGGAUCAGUAGAAGCUAAAAGAAAGAAAAAUGAAGAACUGCAUAUCAAAUUAGAAGACGAUGAUUUCACUAAAGAAGUAAGUCCGGAUAAACCUCAAGUUAGUUCCAGUGAACCUGUAUUGAAUAUUAGUAGAGUUAGUAUCCCACCAUCAUUAACAUCGAAAUAUAAAAAUCGUCCUUCAGUUCAUAAGAAAGAGUUAUUAUUAAGUAAAGCUAAAGCAUCAUUCACGUUCUUAGGGGCAACGUCGGUUGGUCUUGUAGCACAAAAUGUUGGUGAUAACCAUGUUCAAUUAAAUGAAGAUGUAUUUGAUGUUAAUGAAAAUUCUUUAGAUUCCGUAGAAUUAGAAAUUUUGAAAAUUAGAGGAGCCUUUCUUUUACCUGAUAAAGAUUUAGCAUUGGAUUUGAUUAAUACUUACUUUGAAAAAGCAGCUCCUUUGUUACCUUGUGUUAAUCGUACAGAAUUUAUGGCCAAAUUCAAUGAUCCUAAUGAUAACCCACCCUUGAUGUUAUUACAAGCAGUUUUAUUGUGUGGUUGUAGAGUAUCAAAUAAUCCUUUGUUAUUAGAUUCAAACAAUUCCAAUAAUUUAGCAUGUUUGACGUUCUUCCGUAGAGCUAAGGCCUUAUAUGAGACAAAUUAUGAAAGUGAUCCAAUAACCAUAGUUCAAACAUUACUUUUAAUUGGUACCUACUGGGAAGGACCUGAAGAUGUCACUAAGAAUUCAUUUUAUUGGACUAGGGUUGCAAUUGGUUUGGCUCAAGGAUUUGGUAUUCACAGAGAUGUCUCUAAUUCUCCUUUGAGUAAUAACGAAAAGAAAAUAUGGAGAAGAGUCUGGUGGUGUUUAUUUGAAAAAGAUCGUAAUGUAGCCAUUGCCUUUGGUAGACCAACAGUUAUUGAUUUGAAUGAUUGUGAUGUUCCUAUGUUGACAUUGGAAGAUUUUGAUGAAAAUGAUGACGAGACUGGUAUCGUUUCGCCAUACCCAUUUAAUGAAAAAGCAGCACUUUAUUUUAUUCAUUUAGUUAAGUUGGCAGAAAUUACCGGUAUUAUUGUUAGACAUCAAUAUACUGUUAAAGCUGAAUCAAUGAAACGUAAGAAUAAAUUUUCGAUUAUUCAACAUUGUGAUAUGUUAAUGGGGAUUUGGUUUACCAAUCUUCCACCUCAAUUGACAUUCUCCGUCACCGAUGAAUCCAAACAAGAUUUUUAUAAUUGUCUUUUGAAUGCUCAAUAUUAUAAUAGAUUAUACUUGAUUCAUCGAUCUAAUUUGAUUAGAAUGGCAAGAUCAAGUUCUUCCAAUCCAAACAAUUAUAAAUAUCCUUCAUGGGGGAUUUCUUUCCAAGCUGCUAGAAUGAUAUCCAUUAUUGCAAAAAUCUUAUUAGAGAAACAAUUGAUUGGAGUUUGUCCUGUGGUAUUUGUUUAUAUUAUCUACAGUGCUUUAUUGAUGUUAAUUUAUCAUGUGGAUUCAACCAACAAAUUGAUUUCAUCUACUGCUUCCGAUUCCUUAGUUAUUUUAACCAAUGUGUUGAAAGAAUUAUCUAAGAAUUUCUCCAUUGCUUCAGUGUUACAUAAAUUAUUCGAAAAAUAUGCUAGUGAUAAAUUCAAAAGAGCUGAAGUUAUUGAAAGAUCAACUAGACUUGCAAUGAAUCAAGAACUUUCAAGUGCCAGAAGAGCUGCAGUUACUGAAAAGAAUUUAAAAGCUUAUUAUGGGAAAUCACAAUUCAAUGGUGAUGGAGCUGAUGGAACUCCUCCUUCAGAUUUAAUUUCUCCAACUCAUUCAAUUGCUUCAGGUAUUUCUCCAAGAGGUGAUAACUAUAUCAAUCAUCCUGAUCCUACCAAAACUCCUUUCGAAAAAAUGGUUCAUGAAAUGAAAAAACCUUUACAACCUAAUAGUGUGGAGAGUAAUACUUCAGCAUUAGAAGAAUUCAGUCAUCAAAAGAAAAGUGACACUUCUCCAAAUUCUUCUCACGAUUCAUUCCCCGACAUCUCUUUGGUGACGGAAAAUAUGCCCACAAAUCAAAAUUUCUUUGAAAAUUUUGAACCUACUCAAUUAUUCCCUGAUAUAAAAUUGAGUUUACCUCCUACUAGAACCCAAAGUCCUAGUCACGUUAAUGAUGUUAUCAACAAUAAUAUGGGAGGAGAUCUUAAUCUUGAUACUAAUCUUCCUCAAACUCCUGGUGGUACUUUCACCAAUUUUAUUGAUAAUACUUUUAUCAAUAUGAAUUUACAUUCAGGAGCUGACAAUUUUGGUUCAGAUGAUAUUGGAUCUUUUUUCAAUUUCCAACAAUAA